GUCCCGGCCCGACGGGCGCAGCGCGGGGCCCCAUGGAGGGGCUGCGGGCGCUGUGGCUGCUGGCGGCCGCGCUGGGGGCUGCGGGGGGACACCCGCAUCCCUGCCGCGGUCCGACCCGGCCCGGCGCCGCCGUGCGCCUGGGAGCGCUGCUGCCCUCCGGCUCCCCCGGCCCCGUCCGCGCUGCGCUGUCCGGGGGGGGCUCCGGGGGGGGUCCCGGGGCGGUGCUGCCGUACAACCGCAGCCUGGAGGUGGUGGCGGGCGGUCCGGCGGCGCGGGACCCGGCUUCGCUGUUGCGGUGGCUGUGCGGGGCGCUGCUGGGGCGCGGCGUGGCGGCGGUGCUGGCCGUGCCCCGAUCCCGCCGCGAGCUGCUCCAGAUCGACUUCUUCGCCGCGGCGCUGCGCGUUCCCUUCGUCAGCGUCGUCGGCAGCGGCCGCGCUCCGCCGUUCCGCGCUCAGAGCCCCUUCCACUUCCACAUGGACCGGCAGAGCUCUCUGGAGACGCUGGCAGAGGUGCUGGCGAGCAUCCUGCAGGCCCACGAGUGGCGCGAGGCCACGCUGGUGCUGUGCCGCCCCUGGGAUGUCACCGCCUUCCUCGACCAUGCACAGCUCUCCCUGCACACUGUGCUGGACCUCCGCUGCCUGCAUGAGCCCAGGGCUGAGCGGUGCCUCCGGCAGCACCGGGAGCACCUGGGUGCCCUCUCUGGCCCUGUGCUGGUGCUGGGCUGUGACCUGCGGCGCGCACGGCGGCUCUUCAGGGCGGCGGAGCGUGCGGGGCUGCGGGCGCAGGACGUGCGCUGGGUGCUGGGCUCCCCACUGCACGCUGCUGAGCUGCAGGGCGAGGAUCUGCCCAUGGGGCUGCUGGCCUUUGGGGAGGUGGGUGCCGCGCCGCUGGAGGCUGUUGUGCGUGAUGCAGUGGAGUUGGUGACCCGCGCCAUCAGCAGCGCCGCCGCUGUGCGCCCCGACCUUGCGCUCAACCCCCCCAUGGUGAACUGCAACGACGGCAGCGGGGACAGCACUGAGUCCUCUGGGAGCUUCCUGGCCCGGUUCCUAUCCAACACCUCCUUCCACGGGCGGACGGGUUUGGUGCGGGUGCAGGACGGGACGCGGGUGCAGACGGAGCAGCAGUACCGCGUGUGGAGCCUUCAGCGCGACCCACGGGGACGGCCCGCCUGGGUGACGGUGGGCACGUGGCAGCACGGCAAGCUGCAGCUGGAGGAGGGCGCGUGGCAAAGCCACCUCCAGCGCAAAGGCCCCCCCGAGGGGAACGGCGGCGCGCGUGCGCGGCUGCGGGUGGUGACGCUGGUGGAGCAUCCCUUCGUCUUCACACGGGAGGUGGAUGAGGAUGGGAGCUGCCCCGCUGGGCAGCUCUGCCUGGACCCCGGCACCAACGACUCGGCUGUGCUGGAUGCGCUCUUUGAGGAGCUGAGCGCUGAGAACGGCUCUGUGCCGCGGGAGUACAAGAAGUGCUGCUAUGGGUACUGCAUCGACCUGCUGGAGCGGCUGGCCGAGGACGUGCCCUUCGACUUCGAGCUCUACAUUGUGGGCGAUGGGAAAUACGGCGCGUGGAAGAACGGCCGCUGGACGGGGCUGGUGGGGGAUCUGCUCAGCGGCACAGCCCACAUGGCCGUCACCUCCUUCAGCAUCAACUCAGCACGCAGCAAAGUCAUCGACUUCACCAGCCCCUUCUUCUCCACCAGCCUGGGCAUCCUGGUGAGGACCAAGGACACGGCGUCGCCCAUCGGGGCCUUCAUGUGGCCCCUGCACUGGACCACGUGGGUGGGCAUCUUUGUGGCCCUGCACAUGACCGCACUCUUCCUCACCCUUUACGAGUGGAAGAGCCCCUACGGAAUGACCCCCCACGGCCGCAACCGCAUGAAGAUCUUCUCCUACUCCUCAGCCCUCAACCUCUGCUACGCCAUCCUCUUUGGGCGCACCGUCUCCAGCAAGACGCCCAAGUGCUGCACCGGCCGCUUCCUUAUGAACCUCUGGGCCAUCUUCUGCCUCCUGGUGCUCUCCAGCUACACGGCCAACCUGGCGGCCGUCAUGGUGGGCGAGAAGACCUUCGAGGAGCUCUCGGGCAUCCACGACCCCAAGCUGCACCACCCGUCGCAGGGCUUCCGCUUCGGCACUGUAUGGGAGAGCAGUGCCGAGGAGUACAUCAAGAAGAGCUUCCCCGAAAUGCACGGGCACAUGUGGCGUUACAAUGUCCCCACCACCCCCGCUGGCGUCACCAUGCUCAAGACGGAACCCCCCAAGCUCAAUGCCUUCAUCAUGGAUAAGUCCCUGCUGGACUACGAGGUGUCCAUCGACUCCGACUGCAAGCUGCUCACCGUGGGGAAGCCCUUUGCCAUUGAAGGCUACGGCAUCGGCCUCCCCCAGCACUCACCGCUGACCUCCAAGCUGUCCGAGUUCAUCAGCCGCUACAAGUCAGCCGGCUUCAUGGACCUGCUGCACGACAAGUGGUACCGCAUGGUGCCCUGCGGCAAGCGCGUCUUCGCCGUCACUGAGACCCUGCAGAUGGGGAUUUACCAUUUCUCGGGGCUGUUCGUGCUGCUGUGCAUCGGGCUGGGCGGCGCGCUGCUCACCUCGCUGGGGGAGCACGCCUUCUACCGCCUCAUCCUGCCCCGCAUCCGCCGCCAGAAGCGGUUCAGCUACUGGCUGCACACGAGCCAGAAAAUCCACCGCGCUCUCAACAUGGGCGCAGAGGAGCAGAGGAGGCAGAAGCUGAGCCUGGAGCAGAGGCGCAGCCCCCGGCAGCACCCAGCAGCCGGCCGGAAGGAGGUGCGCAGGGUGCGCUUUCAGCUGGAAGCCACCGAGGGUCCCCCAGGGCCUCCCAGCAACGGGUUGGUGCAGGGGGAGCGGGCAGGGGGCGAGAGCGAGCUGCAGGAGCUGGAGGAGAAGAUCGAGGCGAUGCGGGAGCAGCUGCGUGCGGCGCUGCUGAGGAAGAGCGAGUUGGUGUCAGCGCUGAGCACAGCGAGGGGCCCAGCAGCAGAGCAAAGCCAGGAGGACAGCCGCACUGUGAAAGCAGCAGAGUACAGCUGAGAGCUCUGCCCCACGGUCAGGUCCCAGCCCUGCCCCAGCACAGCAGCCUACAGGGCUCAGCAGCCACAGGAGACCCCCACGCUCCGAGCCCAGGAGGAAGGAGCAGCCCCAGGGUCAGGGCUGAGACCCCAACCCCCGGAGAGGCAGCAGCAGGGAGCUGACAUCACGCUGAGCUCUGGAGCCACAGCCGGAGAGCGCAGCCCCCGGGGGCAGAGGGACGGACAUCAGCAGUGCUGGCCCUUCCUCGGGCUGCACAAAGAGCACAGGCUCAGUGCAUUCACCUCCCUCCGAGGCAGCAGAGGAAGGAACUAAAUCCAAAUGCAAGAGACCAGGGGUGCCUGUCAACAGCCACGGGUGCCCCAGGCACGUCUUCCCUCCCUGCAGCCUUCUCACCUGUGCAGAGGCUGCACUGCUGAGCACAGCAUUGGGGACCUGGGCUCGGCCCUCCUCCAGGAUCCUCACCUCACCUUCCAGCAGGACCCCAUCCCAGUGCUAGCAGGACGUGAGAGCAGCACCAAGCAGCUGUUAGAUAUAAUAUUUAUUAUUAUAUACAAACACAUUUUGUACAUUAAAUAGAAUGAACUCUA